AUGAAGCCCGCGCGAUUGUUCCUCCUCAGUCAGGCGAUCACCCUCGCCGUCGCCGAAGUCGUCUAUGUCACAGAUCUCACCAUCUUCACCUUACUUGCACCCUGUGCGAAAUAUGGCGUCUCCGUUGCUGUUCAAGCCCAAACCUACUCCUCCUGCGGCACGGAAGCCGCCGAUCUUCAGUCAUGUGUGUGCUCAAAGGCCGGGAAAAUGGACAAUGUUCUAGGGAUCAUGUCGUCAUCCCUAAGUUGGUCAUGCGGCGAAACGGCCACCGACGACCAUGCCAGUGCCUCCGUCGUGCUCAGCCAGUACUGCAAUCAAGAUAGCUCUUAUACCUUCGCCACGCCGACGGCAAACCUCGUGGAAGAGUAUCCCACCGAUUACCCUGAGUUCUAUAACCUAGCUCCAUGCGCCCAAUAUGGCGUGUCUGUUGCCAUGCAGACGAUGACUUACGAUCUCUGCCCCGAGCCCGCCAGCCUGCUCGCACCCUGUAUCUGCGGCAAGAACCAAAAUUCACUCCGAGCUAGCCAGACGAUUAACGCCUCCGUCAAGUAUUCAUGCUCCAAUAACGAAGACAUCACCUCCGGCCAGCAGUUCUUGGCCGCAUACUGUGCUAUGACUGCCGGUACUACGGCGUUCCCCCAGCCGUCGAACCCACCCGGCGACAUGACUUACUUCAUUUCUGCUCUACCGGAGUACAAGUCUCUUGCUCCAUGCGCUCAAUCCGGAGUUGACGCUGCUCUCGGUGUUCAUUCCUCGGAGUUCUGUCCUCCGGGGCCCAAGGCCUUCGCCUCAUGCGCUUGCCUUAAGGUUGGCAUGUCGAGCAAGGCCACGAGCAUGAUGUCCUCCUCCGUCCGUUGGUAUUGCGACUCGACCGCGAGGGACGAUGUCCUCUCUGCUGUAUCCGUAUUCGAGUACUACUGCAGCGCUGCCAGGGCCGAAGUAACCCCCACUGGCGUGACCGAGUCAAUUGCCCAGACCACCAACGGCACUCCCAGACAGACUGGCGGCUCGAAUUCUGGUGACAACCCGACCAACCCGAAUGGUAGUGAUUCUGGCGACGACACGAGCAGCGGUGGAGUGAGCACAGGUGCCAUUGCGGGUGGAGUCGUCGGCGGAAUUGGCGCCCUCGCCAUCAUUGGCGCAGGCGUCUUCUUCUUCCUCCGCAAGAAGAGAGCCAACAAGGAAACAGCUGCUGGAGCCGCCGCCGCCGCCUACCAACCACCUCCCCCGAACGAUAAACCCGAGCUUGCCGGUACACCCAUCACCGGACCCAUCCCCCCUCCAAGCCCCGCGAUUUCUCAUACGAGCGCCCACACGCCCACGCCGGUAUACGAUCCUACGAACGCGCCGCAGAUUCCCGAACUACACGGAGGAAAGAGUUACAUGGGGACGCCGCCGCCACAACCCAUGCAACCCGAGCUUCAGGGGAAUCCGGUAAUGCCCCCUCAGGAGUAUCAGGGCCAGGCGUACGGUCAGGCGAUUCCUAUGCAAACCUAUCCUCAAGGAUACGGCUAUCCUUCUCCGCAGGCUUCGCCCUAUCCGUCGUACGCGGGGCAGCCGUCGCCGCAAUCACCGCAGGCGGGAUAUUAUGCUCCUCAGCAGGCUGCGCCGGUGGAGCUUCCAACUUCUUGGCAAGCGGGACCUGUUCCUGGGUAUCAGGAGCUCCCUACUCAGUACCAUCAGACGAGGUAG